AUGCAGUAUCCAUAUUUGAUUUCGAGAUCACUUGAUCCUAUCAUUGGAGUUGGAAUGGGAGUCGCAUCAUAUUACUUGUAUGAGCAAAGGGUAGGUCGUACAGAGGGCCAUUCUUUGAAUGAAUUGGUGAUAAAGAGGUUUACCGAGUGGAAGGAGAAGAAGUAA